AUGGUCAAGGGUACUGUUCCUACCGGCACGAUGAAGGCGCUCGUCUACGAGAAGUUCGAGGUCAAGCAGGUUCCCAUCCCCAAGGUCGGCCCUCGCGACAUCCUCCUCCAGGUCCUCAUCUGCGGCUUCUGUGGAACUGACGGACACAUCCACGAGGGUGACUUCAACCCCAAGUUCCCCCUCAUUCCCGGUCACGAGGCCGUCGGCAAGGUCGUCGCUAUGGGCGACGAGGUUACCGGCUUUGAGCUUGGCGACAAGGUCGCUGCCGACGUCGGCUCGACCUGUGGCCACUGCCACUACUGCCGUCGCGGUGAGGUCCUGAUGUGCGAGGACUUUGCUGCUGCCGGUGUCCGCUCGGACGGUGGCUUCGCCGAGUACAUCCGUUACCCCUUCGAGAAGUGCUACAAGAUCAAGAACCUCUCCGACGAGGAGGCCACGCUUCUCGAGCCCGCCUCGUGCGCUAUCCACGGCAUGGACAAGCUCAAGAUGCCCUUCGGUGCUACCGUCCUCCUCAUCGGUGCCGGCCCGACCGGUCUCAUUCUCGCCCAGCUCAUGAAGAUGGGUGGUGCCUCCAAGGUCACCAUCGCCGCCAACGCCGGUGUCAAGAUGGACCUCGCGCGCAAGCUCGACGCUGCCGACGAGUACAUCGAUCUCGACCGCUCUAACCCCGGCGCGCAGUGGGAGCAGCUGAAGAAGGACAACCCGUACGGCUUCGACGUUGUCGCCGAGUGCACCGGUGUGCAGAAGAUUGUCAACGACUCGAUCAACUACGUCGCCCGCGGCGGAACCCUCCUCGUUUACGGCGUGUACGAGGACAGCGCGACCGUCACCUGGCACCCGGCCAAGAUCUUCGGCGACGAGCUCCGCAUCAUCGGCUCCUUCUCCCAGGCCUACUGCUUCCCCCGCGCCAUUGCCCUGCUCGACGGAGGCAAGAUCAACGUCAAGGGCAUGGUCACGGACGUCUACACCCUUGACCAGUGGCAGGAGGCCAUGGACAAGAUGAACUCGCGCAAGGCCCUCAAGCUCGCCAUCCGCCCCAACUAA